AACUAUACGAUGUUCUACGUCAUUGGACUGGGACUUUCCGAUGAAAAAGACAUUACUGUCCGCGGCCUCGAAGCAGUCAAAGGCUCUUCGAGAGUUUAUCUUGAAGCCUACACGAGCAUUCUGAUGGUCCAGAAAGAACGCCUGGAAGCGUUCUACGGAAAGGAACUCAUAUUGGCGGACAGAGACAUGGUUGAGACGGAGAGCGAUGAGAUUCUGCGGGAUGCUGACAAAGAGGAUAUCUCUCUGCUCGUAGUCGGAGAUCCUUUCGGCGCAACGACGCACACCGACAUCAUCCUUCGUGCCCGUAGCCUCAAGAUCCCCACCCACGUCAUCCACAAUGCCUCCAUCAUGAACGCUAUAGGGGCUUGUGGCCUGCAACUCUACAACUUCGGUCAAACUGUGUCGCUCGUUUUCUUCACCGAUUCCUGGAAACCAGACAGCUUUUAUGAUCGCGUCAAAGAAAAUGCGGAUCUGGGAAUGCAUACUCUUGUCCUUCUGGAUAUAAAGGUGAAGGAACAGAGCGAAGAAAACCUCGCAAGGGGACGCAAGAUCUAUGAACCUCCACGCUACAUGUCCAUCCCUCUCGCCGUCUCACAGCUCCUGGAAGUCGAGUCGACCCGCCAAUCUGGCAUCCUAUCCCCAGAAACGACGCUCGCUAUCGCCGUGUCUCGUGUAGGCGGAGGAGAGCACCAGCGGAUCGUGUGCGGGACGCUUCAAGAGCUUAGCGAGCAGCCCGACGAUGUGUACGGUGAGCCUCUGCAUAGUCUGGUUAUUGUUGGGAAAAGACUGCACCAUCUAGAGGCAGAGUACGCCGAGUCGUAUGCUGUCAAUAAAGAGAAUUGGAUUACAGUGGCGAAGAAUGUGUACCAAUGUAAUUUUGAUUGAUGUACUGAAUACGCG